UGCUAAUAGUAAAUAUAUAAAAGGUUUGAAUAUUUAUAGAUAAACCUGAGUACCCAGAAGAAGAAAGGGGUUUAUCGUUUUACAAUAGGAACGAAAGAAAAAUCUCUGAUUUCAUUGCAAUUGCAACUACAAUCUUUCACUUUUGUUUUGAAAAGAUUUGUGAUAUUCAGCAAGCGAAACGCUUUUUUUAGUAUAAAAAGUUAACAGCAUGGCAAGCUUGUUGACAACAUCAACCUUCAGUUAUUCUCCUGUCAACAGUGGUCCAAGAGGACUCAGAAAGUCGAGGAACUCUUCUAUUUCUAUACAAGGGCAUUGCGUAAAAGCAAUGAAAUCCUUGGAAGAAUUGUACAAUGUGAAGGUUGAAAGAAAAGUUUCACCUGAAAAACUAGCUCAGCUUGGAGUUUCAAAAUGGUCAGUUUGGAAGACUGGAAAAUCAAAGUUUCCAUGGGAUUGGCAGGUAGACCAACUCGUGUACAUAGAAGAAGGUGAAGUGAGAGUUGUUCCUGAAGGGAGCAAGCGUUUCAUGCAAUUUGUUGCAGGAGACUUAAUCAGGUAUCCAAAGUGGUUUGAGGCUGAUCUCUGGUUCAAUGGCCCGUAUCAAGAACGUUAUUCUUUCCGAGCAUAUGGUGAUGACAAUUGAUGCUGCUGCAUGAUGAUGAUCAUGUAAAAGUAAUGUGUGCAUCUUGUUUAGUUGUUAUGUGUUAUCAAAUAGUUGUGUUUUGUAGUUUUCUGAUACUAAAUGUACUGCCAAUAUACAUAUUUGGUACUUAUGAGAUGAUUUUCCACCCUUUAUAACAAAUGUUCAUUCUGAA